AUGUCUACAUAAUUAAAUGCAUUUAAAUACGUAAAAGCAAUUAGAUUAGAUGGUUAGAUUUCCUCUGCAGCCCCUUUAUAGUCCUGAGCAAGUGUUUUUUUUUUUUUUUGGGUCAAAAAUAAUCCUACGCAUGCGCAGAGCGCAGGAAGCGCAUACAAACAAAGAGGAAGCGCGUGUGUUUGACUUAAAGGGGAACGCACUAUGCAGUGAGCGCGAUAGCUCUGUUCUACACGCCAUUUCAUACAGAAGGAAGAAAAUCUUAAUAAGGUUAAGAAGUGAAAACGAACACCAAAGGGAAAUCACACUGCCUUGUGUGAGAUGUCCCACUUUCCAAUGUAACCUGGAUGCACGGGCUCGGUUUUUGCAGGACAGCUAGAACCCUCUGUAGGACUUUCCGUCUGUGCCAGACACAAGGUACACAUCCACUCCAGCAGUGCAGAAGCCCUCUGAUCCAAGCUUUGGCUUGGGGCUUUGCCUUGACAGAAAGACAACCAUCAAGACACUUCGGUCUCACGUCUUUAUCUUACUUUGCCGUCUCUCGGGCCGUGUGGCAGGACGACCGUUCGACCAUGGCAGAGCAGAGAUUCUGCGUGGAGUAUGCGAAGCGAGGCCAGGCAGGUUGUAAAAAGUGCAAGGACAAGAUCAUGAAGGGGUUGCUACGCAUCGGGAAGAUCGUGCCCAACCCCUUCAGUGAGUCUGCCGGAGAGAUGAAGGAGUGGUAUCACGUAAAGUGCAUCUUCGAGAAGCUUGAACGCGCACGGGCCACAACCAAGAAGAUCGAGGACAUUACUGAUCUGGAGGGCUGGGAGGAAUUGCAGAAUGAGGAUAAAGAGCUGAUCAAUAAGCUUGUAGCAGAUCUAGCUGCCAAGGCUAACGCAAGUCCAAAGAAGAAGGUGCAAGCCAAGUUAAACACCAGUGGGCAGAUAUCAGCUCCUCUUGCCGAUCCGACAGUGAACGCGCCACGCAAGUUUUCCGGUUUCACAGCAACAAAGGCAGGUUCCUCCUCAUCGAGUCCAGGUCCGUCUCCUGCCAAAGCCUCUCAGGGCAGCGUCUUGUCUGCUCAGUUUUGCCAGCCCGACCAUAAGGACUGCUUGUUCCGCGAGUUCCGCAAGCUUUGCGCCAUGGUGGCCGAGAAGUCUAGCUACAACGCGAAGACGGAGAUCAUCAAAAACUUCCUAAAGAAGGGCUCUGGUGGAGACAAGUUUAUGGGCGAUCUCUACCUGACAGUGAAGCUGCUCCUCCCAGGCGUUGUGAAAAGCGUUUACAACCUCAACGACAAGCAAAUCGUGAAACUCUUCAGCCGCAUCCUUGACUGCAACCAGGACGACAUGGUGCGCGACCUAGAACAGGGAGACGUCUCGGAGACAGUGCGGAUGUUUUUCGAAGAUUGCAAGUCUUUUCCUCCUUCAACCAAGAGUCUGCUGACCAUCCAGGAAGUGGACGCUUCUCUAACACGCUUGGCUAAGCUUACUAAAGAAGAUGAGCAGCAGGCAGAGCUGGAGGCCAUUGCAAAAAAAUGCACAGGGAACGACUUGAAAUGUUACAUCCGUCUAGUGAAACAUGACCUGAAGAUUAAUUCUGGUGCCAAACACGUCCUGGAUGCUCUAGACCCCAACGCCUACGACGCCUUCAAAGCCUCUAGGAACCUUGGUGACGUGGUCGACAGAGUCCUGCGCAAUCAGGAGGAGGCGUCCAACGGAGGGGGCCCGAGAAAGCUCUUGAGUAUCGAGGCCACACUUAUGACCCCCGUGCAGCCAAUGCUGGCAGAAGCCUGCAAGUCCAUUGAGUACGCCAUGAAGAAAUGCCCCAAUGGAAUGUACUCGGAGAUCAAGUACGAUGGCGAGCGCGUGCAAGUGCACAAGAACGGAGAUCAUUUCAGCUACUUCAGCCGCAGCCUCAAACCUGUGCUGCCUCACAAGGUGGCGCAUUUUAAAGAGUUUAUUCCUCUGGCGUUUGCCGGAGGCCACAGCAUGAUUCUAGACGCUGAAGUUCUCCUGAUUGAUACCAAGACUAGUAAGCCUCUACCGUUCGGGACAUUAGGUGUUCACAAAAAAGCGGCGUUUCAAGACGCACAAGUCUGCCUGUUUGUUUUCGACUGCAUUUAUUUCAAUGGCGUCAGUCUCAUGGACAAGCCGCUCUGCGAGAGAAGAAAAUUUCUUCAUGACAACAUGGUGGAAGUUCCGGACAGGAUCCUGUUUUCCGAGAUGAAGCACGUCACGAGAGCUGCUGACCUGGCUGAAAUGAUCACACGAGUCAUCAGAGAGGGACUGGAGGGACUCGUUCUGAAAGACGUCAAGGGGAUGUACGAACCUGGGAAACGCCACUGGCUGAAGGUGAAGAAAGACUAUCUGAAUGAAGGAGCAAUGGCCGACACUGCAGAUUUGGUGGUUUUGGGGGCGUUUUAUGGAACAGGUUCAAAAGGUGGAAUUAUGUCCAGUUUCCUCAUGGGCUGCUAUGAUCCUGACUCAAAGAAAUGGUGCACGGUGACGAAAUGCUCCGGUGGCUACGACGACGCCACACUAGCCAGACUGCAGAAGGAGCUGGACGUCAUUAAAAUCGGCAAGGAUCCCAGCAAGAUCCCACCCUGGCUAAAAAUAGUGAAGAACUACUAUCCGGAUUUUCUCAUUCGAGAUCCUGAGACAGCCCCAGUUUGGGAGAUCACAGGAGCAGAGUUCUCCAAGUCGGAAAUGCACACGGCCGACGGCAUCUCCAUCCGUUUUCCACGGUGCACUCGGAUGCGUGACGAUAAGGACUGGAAGACGGCCACCAACCUUCACCAGCUCAAGGAACUUUACCGAGUCUCGAAGGAGCGGUGCGACUUCGAGGUGACAGCAGGGCCGUCUACAAGCAUCAAAGAUGAAAAGGAGUCAUCAGGAGGAGACAGCGGCGGUGGCUCACCGUCCACCUCCAAUGAAGCAGCGAGCUCGAUGAAAUCCAAAAAUGGUCACACUCCAAAGCCGAAUCCGGCGAAACCCAAGAAACCUGCAACUCCGUCUCCUGCCAAGAGGAAGCUGCCUGCUAAGGAACACGGAACAAAGAAGAUUAAGGUCGAAACCGUUUGCAGCAACGGGCAAAGCAAAGCAAAAGCCUCUCCGUCUAAAGCAGCUGACCCACAGACUGAAAAGACCCUGCUGAACAUCUUCACCGGUGUAAAGCUGUACCUCCCACAGUCGGUACCGGAGUUCGACAAGCUGCGGCGCUACUUUGUGGCGUACGACGGCGAUCUAGUUCCCGAUUACGCCGCUGCCUCUGCAACACACACGCUGGCCGAGCCAGAGGAGAACAGCCAAGCCCAGAAAGUCAGCUCCAACUGGAUCUGGCAGUGCAUCAGGAAAAGAAGAGUGAUUCCCCCUUGCUGAAAGACAGACCCGUCCUGAAGAAGAAUCUACAGAAAAAAUAUUUUACUUUUGAAAUGGUUUCUCAACAAUGGUGCUUUUACAAAAAAAAAAAUAAUAAUAAACCUUCCCCUUGUGAAAUGUA